CAAUACAUUUUUUUAUGGUAUGCGUUUUUACGGUGGAAUAGUUAAUUGCUACAUGGUUGUGUUGACAGUUAGUUAAGUGGCUAGCCACCAGUAAUCGUUAUACCAAGGGAAACCUCACUAGAUUAACAUUAGCCGGCUAAUGUUAGCUGUUGUGCUGUAGCGAACGUCUAGCCAUUGGAUUAGAAAAAUACGUUAGCGAGUGAGCCAUCUCAUAUGAGUGAGUGGUGAAUGAACCUGCCUCGGUGAUAUAGUUUCCAGCAGAAUGCUGUUGUGAUGGUUUAAAUUAAACGGCUGCGCACCGCCAACUAACAUCUAAAGUUCCUGAGUUGGUCCCUCAAAUUGUCCGUCCAGUGGAAGGAGAUGCCAAGGGCUGCCCUUCCACUCUCUGCAUACCCCAUGACAUGGAACCUAAACCCCAAAUCCCCCCUCAUUCCUCUGUCUCACCCAGUUGUGGCAAUGGAGAAGGACAGGCUGAGCACAGGCGUAGUGAAAGACUACAGACAACCUCUGGUCGGACCAGGGACAGGAUUAAACCCAAAGUCUUCAAGGCCGCACCAAAACAGUCCCAAAUAACCACAGCAUCCACGAAGAGAGAAGGGAACAGAAGAGUGGCAAGUUGUGGGGAUGAAAACACUGCAGUUAGCAAGUCCUUUAGACACAAAGGUGUAAGAGGCUCCAGUCAGAAUACGGCGCUCCCCUCAGCCAAAGCCCAGAUGGACUGCACCACCUCUGAAAAGUCCUGUGACUCAGCGAAGGACAAAGACACUCCUGAGAGCCCAACUGCUGCGAAGCGCUGGGUGAUUGGUCCCUUGUUACACUCUUUCAAAAGCAAGAUGGCAAGCUUCUCAGAGAUCGUGAUGAGCCCCGUCCGUCUUUUCAAACCAACUGACUCUCUGUCCUCAGGCGCGAUAGGGUUGCAUGACAGGGGAGCUUUGAGUUUUAACAAAACGGCAGACAACAGCAGUGAUUCCGUCCACAACCAGCAGGCCCAUGUGACCCAGAAACUACAGUUUGAUGGAAGUUCCAAUGAGGUCACUGGAGACGGUGAACUUUUGGAGACAGCGGGAGAGUUGAAGUGUAAAGUGGAGCCACCAGAAAGGGAAUGUGAUUUUGCCUCUUCUCGCUUGACACGUGGUGUCCUGCUCAGGGAUGAGCAGCCGGUUCAUCUAGACCCACCUAAAUCUUGCAGUAACCAGUCUGUCCUCGGUGGGCCCCCUGAGCACUGCGGCGACUCCAGCUCAUCCAAUGAUGGAGAUGAUGCACAUGAUGCCAAAACGAUCAGGUUGCCUGAUUCAUCUGUCUUUGACACGCCUCCUGACUCAUUCUCCAAAGCUGACGCGGCACCGGCGCAAGAGGACCUUGAAGAAGGCACCGCCGUUCAGAACGCGCAAAUCUGUUCAAGCCCCAGGAAACUGCCCAAGAGCAUCUCUGUUACUCCAGCACCCUUUGCAGCAUACAGGCCAAAUAGCCGGCAGAAAGGUAUGGGGAGAAAAGUGACGUUCAAUGAGAAAGUCAAAGGCGAAGAGGAGAAAGGUGAAAGUCAGAGAAGCAGUUGCGUGUCAUCAGAUGAAGAGGUUGGCCUGCCACAGAAUGAUGACGAGGCCACACUGAAACGACCUCAACCCGAAGAGAGGAAGCGGACAAGAAAGCCGCUGGAAACUGAUCUAGAGUGGGCUGUGAAGGCAAAGAGGAGAAUAAAAGCAGAAAAAGUUGAAGGAGCUACUAGGAGAAGAGGUAAAAAGAAGGAUGUUUCACCGAAGGAAUGCUUGAGCGAAUGGCUGGAAAUCUCUGAGGAUAUUUUGUACACACAGACAUCAGACAAUCGGGUAACUGAUUCUGGAACGAACCUGCUCUCAAGUUCGCAUGAGUCAACUGUGGACAUAGAAAUGUCAGAGGUGGAUAUGUCAGAUGCUGCACUAAAAUUGGAAGGGAGCAAUAGAUUGACAAGAGGACAGGCCAGAUCAAAGCAGUCAACACCUGCCCCGGCAAAAGUUGACCAACUUGAAAAUGAGUAUGCUGAUUGUUUCACAGAUUGCCUUGCCGUUAGCUUUUAUGCAGAUAAGUCACAUAACGACAACAGCACGAAUGGAAGAGACAACGAGGACACCAUCACUGGUUCAUUGUCUCGAAAGCCCAGGCAGCCGGCAAAGAAGACUGCUGCUUUGGACGAUAGCAACCUGGUAACAAACAGAACUAAAUUGAAAUCUGAAGAUGAGGGCAGCUUUUUUUUUUCACCUAACUUGUCAAACUCAACAGGGUCACUUCUAAGUACAACAGCCCUAGAACAAUCAAAUUCCAAGAGUGGCAGAGGCACAAAAAGAAGGCUGAUGAAGAAACGGGGUCAGAUGUACGACGAGUUUCCUGACGACUCUCCGUCUGCCUCCAUUCUCAAGCUGGAUAAGAGCGUCUCUGAGACUCGUGACAGUGGGGAGAAGAGCAGGCAAGAGAACAUGGAACAGAUCUGCAAGGAGAACUCCACAGAUGAAAGUGAAAGGAUGCCAUCUGAAAGAGGAUGUCCUAAAGCGCUCAAGAGGAAAUCCCCGUCGUCUUCAACAAAGGAGAACUGUGUAGAUGGCACUGAUAACGGAGAGGAAGACGACAACGCUUUCAUGGACACGGAGAAGGUCCCUGAGGCCACUGCGACAGGUAGCGGCUCCAAUCGCCUCAUGCGGAGCAACUCCUGCCCUGAGAUACCCUCUCUCUCGCACCAUGACCAACCCUGGAGAUCCCCUACUCUCCCCCUGCAUGGCCGAGCCCCCCCUCUGCCCACACCACACCGUCCCGUCCUGCAUCCCUCCCCACACCUCCCUCCCUCACCUUCCAAGCGUGCCCGCCGACACACGGUUUGCAGUGUGGAGAUAGAGAGGGAGAUUGCACCGCUGUGUCUCCGCAAGGAGGUGUACCCCACCGGUAGAGGCGGUCUAUACGGUAGCCCGUCCCACCCACUCUGUCCCAUCGCGGCCUCCCCGUCCACCUCCUUCACGGCCCUUGUUUCCAGCUUUCUGUCCAGUCCCCUGGCUUUUCUGUCGAGGAGAUCAGACAGAGGGAAACGCAAGGCUCAUGAUGACGAUAGCCUCUCCACCUCCUCUUCCUCCUCCUCCUCCCUAAGCCCUGGUGCCACCCUGUCCUGCUCCACCUCAUCCCCGCCCUUUGCAUCCAGCUCUGCCGUCCAUCACUCGCUCCCUGGCUUCACAUGCAGCGCCCCUCCCAGAUCAAGCCAUUUCUCAGCCUCUGUAUCCCAAGAUUGCAGCAGCCAUUCUGAGGUCUUCUCAGAGGGUGAGGAGGAUUCUGGGCAGCAGUCUGAGGAUGGGGAGGAGAACAGGUGUAGUGUCAAUCUCGAUCUGCUGUCGAGAGAAAUGCCUGAGGAAAAAGCUCUUUCCGAUUCAGAAAUUAAGAUGGAAACAAAGCAAGGCGAACAGGGAAAGGUUUCAUCUAUACGCAUUCGUAAAACUUUGCCUAAGCCUCUUAAAAAUCUUACCCCAAUGGGUCUACCCAAACUAAUCAGGCCAAAGAAGAAAGAGUUCAGCAUUGAAGAGAUCUAUACCAACAAAAACUUCACCAAACCAGCAGAAGGACGCCUAGAGACCAUCUUUGAGGCCCCACUCAAACGGCGUGAUGGCUCCCAUUGUCUGCUUGGGCAGAAACGAGUAAAGCGAUUCGUUGAAUUCCCCGAGCUAGGCCUGGUCAGAAAGCUCCGGAAGCCACUGGUCUGUGCAGGGACCGGUAGCAGCACUCAGAAGAAGACCAGCGGGCAAUCCUCAGGCGGAAGACCCCGGCGUGGAGCGUGGUCCACCUCUCAGGACGACCCCCGGCCAGAGGACCUGGACUCCCUUUUGUGCUCCAAGUUGGAUCAGCUGGACUCCCUGAUGUCCCUGAUGGACGAGGGCACGAGCUGAGAUGAGAAACCCAUGCAGAAUUUUAAAGGCUGGAGUCACGAUGGCGAUCUCUAGCACUUUGGAAGAUCCCUCCAUGUUUGUAUUUCGUUUUGGAUGUUUGGACACCUCCCUCCAGGAUUAGUCUUGUGUGAUCUCAUAAUUUCUUUUGUAGGUGUUCAUUUGUACGUAUGGUUUCGUUGUUGUUGAUUUGAUUUUACUUGGCCUAUCAGCUAUACACCUGCCUUUUUGUUUUGCGCAUUUUUUACCCCCUCAUAUACUUGUCUCAAGCAUGCAGCAAAAAUACAAGGCUGUAUGUAUGUAAUUUUUGUUGUUGUUGAUGUUAAGGUAUUAUUAUAAUUAUUAUUAUUCUCUUAAAUGACUGAUCUAGGUAAGUCCUGAAAUUGGGUGAAUGUAGGUAUGUGUAUAUAUGCUAUGCUUUGCCUCCACUGAUUUGGUUCAGCAAUUGUGGUCAUGCCCAUUGCCUUUGCAGACAUAUAGAAAGACCCAUAUGGUUACCGUCAUGGCAUGGCCCUUUAGUACAUACAUUACCUGUACCCAUAGCUCAGGGACUGUGUCUUUCUCAUUGUAGUGUCUUUGUAAACAGGGCAGUGUUAUCAUUCAUGGCCUUCAAUAAUAACAUACCAUUUCAGCAUACAACCAAAAAAAAAAAAAGACUAACUAGAAGUUCCAUAAUUGAAAAAGUCCUUGUAUGGGUGUGGAGAGUAUUUCUUUAUAAAUAUAUAUAUAUAUAUAUGUGCCAAAACAUUUUAUGCAGCUCAUCCAGGCCUUCCAUAGAUUGACUAUGUAAUGGUGCUCCCUCUUGUAAGUUGUUCCUUACCUUUUACUGAGCAAGGCAAGGAGCAACUUGCAGUUCUCUAGCGCACACUGCAGAACAGAGUUUUAAGCUUGUCCCAGAUAGGGGAAAUGGCUUCAAAUCAAGCAGAAGAAACUGCAUCAUCACUCCUGGUUUUGCAGUCCAGUGCUUUGUCAAACUCUGAUGGUUUGGUUCAUUGUCAAAUGGCAGCUCAAACUUAUACCACUUUCAGCAUUUUGAAGCCAAGUUGUUUUGUGUCAAUUGGUUUGCAUGUGAUGUAAGUGAGUGUUGUGUUGGUACAAAUCAACUAGGCAUCAAGGUGAAUGUACAGUUGUUAAUAUAACCAUUGAAGUGGGAUUCAAUUUCACAUCCCUGUAGCGUCACAAUUGUAAACUAAUCCCAGACAUGGCCAUUCUUUUCAUCCUCAGUAAAUACACUGACGGGACAUUUGAUACAAAAGUUUCUCCCAUGUUUUUCAUCUGGCCAAUGAACUGGAUUUUCCAGUUUUUUUAUUUAGUGAGGAGUUUGAAAUCUGAUCCUAUCACGUAAGCAUUGUGUUGUGAUCCACCAUUGGAAAUCAAGAUGCUGUUAACUGAUGUUUCUGGACAGCGUUUUAUAACUUGAAUAAAUAUACACUUCAUUGUGAGUUCUAUGGUUUGAACAUUUGCUAUGAUGAUUUUUCUGUAUAUUUUUGAUAAUCUCCAUGGCAUGUAACGAAAAGCUCAUAUUUUGUAUCUUUUGUCUUGUGUAUAUAUAGAGGGGGUCAUUCUCUGGAGUUUUUAUAAUGUUUUAUAUGAAUAAAUGUAAUUUCUCUUCCUUGUACAUUCAUAAUCUACAUGAAUGGAUCCAAAUUUGUUUUGACAAAGAUACCUUCCCUCUUGCCAUCUGCCUGUUGAGUAAAGUGCUGUUUUUCCUUUAUUGAGAAGUACUGAAAACAUGCAAUGUACAAAAAACAUAUGUAAAAGAAUGAAACACAUACAAUUGUUAUACAGUGUGAAUAUAUUCUAAAAGCAGUCUGGGCUAGUAUAUGGACUGACUAUAAUGUUCCUUGUCUCAUGAGAACUAACAAUCUUUGUAACCAUGCUAAAUUCAACUGAACUCUUAAGAACAAUAGGAUGAUGUGGCUGGUCUUCUCUCUGAAGUGAAGAGCAUUCCCUUGUUUGUAACAGUAAGAGGACACACUUCGUUCUAACAGUGCAGCCAGAGUUCUUAAGAAUGUUUCUCAUGAUGCCAAAAUUAGAAGAAGAAUCAAGUCCCAGUCAAGUGAUUACAGAGAGUACCACUCUUAAGCUCAGUCCGUCCAGCAGGUCAUGUGUACCUUAAUGUGCAAUUAAGGUCCAAUAAAAAUAUUUGUCUGAAACGCAAA